AAUAUAUUAAAAUGGUUUUAGCAGACUUGGGUCGUAAGAUCAACUCGGCCCUUACAGAGUUUACCAAAGCACCUGUUGUCGAUGAAAAGGUGUUGGAUUCCUUAAUCAAAGAAAUUUGUGCUGCAUUACUUGCUUCCGAUGUGAAUGUAAUGCUUGUGCAAAAGCUUCGUGCAAAUAUAAAAAAGAAUGUUAACCUUGAUGAACUUGCCAGCAGUACAAAUAAGCGACGACUGAUUGAAAAGGCUGUUAUGGAUGAACUAUACCAACUUGUCGAUCCACAAGUCGAGCCUUAUAAACCCGUGAAACGCAAAAGCAAUAUAUUUAUGAUGGUCGGUCUUCAAGGUGCGGGUAAAACGACAACAUGUACAAAGAUCGCAGCAUUCUAUCAGCGUAAAGGUUGGAAAGUUGCCCUUGUGUGUGCUGAUACAUUCCGUGCUGGUGCAUUUGAUCAGUUGAAACAAAAUGCGACAAAGGCAAAGAUCCCAUACUAUGGUAGCUAUACCGAGACUGACCCAGUGACUAUUGCUACUGAGGGUGUAGAAAAGUUCAAGGCAGAAAAAUUCGAAAUUAUCAUUGUCGAUACCUCAGGAAGACACAAACAAGAGGCCGAAUUGUUUGAAGAAAUGAAGCAGAUUUCUGCUGCAGUGAAACCAGAUACGACGAUCUUUGUCAUGGAUGGUACCAUUGGUCAAGCUGCUGAAUCACAAGCUAAAGCAUUCAAGGAAGCUGCGGGUUUUGGUUCAAUCAUUAUCACCAAGAUGGACGGCCACGCAAAGGGUGGUGGUGCCAUUUCUGCAGUUGCUGCAACGAAAAGUCCCAUUAUCUUCCUUGGUGUGGGUGAACAUCUUCAGGAUAUGGAUCGUUUUGAGCCUAAAUCAUUUAUAAGAAAGGUGCUUGGUGUACAAGAUAUGCGUGAUGUCAUUGAACAUGUGCAGGAUACUAUCAACUUGAAUGACAAUAAAAAGCUUAUGAAGAAUAUAGAAAAAGGACAAUAUUCACUUCGCGACAUGUAUGAACAAUUUCAACAAAUAGCAAAGAUGGGGCCUCUUUCAAAGAUCAUGGGCGCCAUACCCGGUAUGCCUACUGAAAUGUUAGCAGGAGCAGAUCAGGAAGGAGGCAAGAGAAUCAAGCGUAUGAUGUGUAUUAUGGAUAGUAUGACAGACGAAGAACUUGAUGGUGAUGAUAAACCCUUCAAGGAUAUGAAGAGAGUGGUUAGAGUAGCUCGUGGAUCGGGUACAACUGUGUGUGAAGUUCAAGAAAUCCUGUUUCAAUACACAAAGUUUGCAGAGAUGGUAAAAUCGAUUGGAGGCAAAAAUGGAUUAAUGCAGAAUAUGCAAAAUAUGAAUAUGGAUCCAAGAAAGAUGAAUUCGAUUGCGGAAAUGGCCAAAUCCUUUGGCUUAAACGCAAAUCAAAAAGACUUGUUAAAUGCUGCAAAACAGAUGGGAAAUAUGUUUGGUGGUGGUCGUGGCCGUGGAGGAGGAGGAGGCAUGCCAAAUAUGGCAGAUUUGAUGAAGGCAAUGAAAUUUUAAUAAAACUAUCACCCAUUAGAUGUAGAAUGUCUUAUUCUUUCAAAAAUAUGAUGUGUAAUUGAUCAAGGGAAAACUGCGAGUUCUCUUAUAUUUAAAACAGCAGCUAUAUGGCUAUAAUUUUUGUAUAGCUCUAUUGUUGCUCUUACUGCAAUUCUGAUGUUGUCUGCAGAUAGUUUUGAGAACUUGAAGCAUAUCCAGGCUUAUACUGUUUGUAGUUCUGGAUGAAAGGUUUGUUGUUGAUACUAUUGUUCGGAUAUUAGCAG